UUUUGGUAUUGUUGUUUUUCUUCGUAGACUUAUCUCGAAAUUUCAAAAGUGAUUUUGAAUUCAUCCGUGAAAAUUUACACGAUUUUAAAAUUUUGUUCGAUUUGUCAUUGGUUUAUGCGCAAAUAAAUAACAUCAGAACGUUGUUCACACGAGAAAUAAGUUUUCUUGUGGGGCUGGUUGGUUGUUUGUGUUUGAUACUACCAGCAGGUAUGGCCUGGCGCUCCCGGGGUCUAAGCAAUGCCGAUCUUAUUCGGCAACUUCAAGAAUAUGGUGUAAUUAAAAGCGAAGCUGUUGCGCAGGCGAUGACGGCCACAGACCGGAAACAUUACGUUGCGAGUAACCUGAAUCCCUAUGUCGAUUCACCUCAACGUAUUGGUCAUGGUGCGACCAUCAGUGCCCCUCACAUGCAUGCUUACGCACUAGAGCUUCUGGAGAACCAUUUGAAGGCGGAUAGUAAAGUGUUGGACGUUGGGUCUGGAUCCGGAUAUUUAACGGCUUGCUUUGCUCGUUACAUUAUGCAGAAGGAAAACAGCACUGGGUUUGUAGUGGGCAUUGAACAUCAUCCAAAGCUAGUUGAACUGGGACGCAAUAAUAUCAAAACAGAUGAUGAAUCGCUAAUUGAUACUGGCAAAGUAAUUCUAGUAGAGGGAGACGGUAGACUGGGCUGCAAAGAACACGCCCCAUACGAUUGCAUCCACGUCGGAGCAGCGGCUCCAUCAACACCCCAAGAGUUAAUAAAUCAGUUGAAACCAGGAGGACGGCUUCUUGUUCCGGUUGGGCCAGACGGCGGUACGCAAUACUUGGAACAGUAUGAUAAAGAUGCUAACGGGACGGUGUCGAAAUCGCGCCUGAUGGGUGUGAUGUACGUGCCGUUGACGGAUCUGCACACGUGAUGCCCAAGUCGGUCAAGCUGCUACUUAGCGGUACGUGUAGUAAUGAUGCUAAUCUUGCUGCUAUUGUUGGCUUACAGCAUCAAGAAAAGAUUCUUCUAGGUGUAUCCAUUUUGUAGCUAGCUUACUUACCGUGCAAGCAGAUAUUUCAAUUUAAAAUCAAUUUUUUAUGUUGUGAUGCGUUUGUUAUUUAUAUGUAGUGUUUGGUUUGAGAACGGAGAUUGUCAAAGGAUUAGAUUAUUGAUAUAAAUAUUUUCUACUGAGAACGAUUUCUAUUGUGAUUGUACAUUUUUUUCUUAGUACCGUGCUUAAGAGCUACAAAGCAUAACCCCCAGGUGAAGCAGGUGCUACAUUCAACAUGCUUUGUGUCAAACAUUUUGUGAUUUUUCAAAACGACAAAUCGAAGAAGCGGUAUAAAUUUCAAGGAAUAAUGCAAUUUACCGUAACAAGUGACACCAGAGGUGAUAAACGGAUAUCGUCUUAUUAUUGUCGCACAUCUCAUGCUAAGUUUGUUCAUGAAUAUCACUAUUUUUAUUUAUUUCAAUAAAGCUUCAAAUCUGAUAA